UUGAACAAAUCGAAAGAUAAUCCUAAACUGCAUAUAUUAUUUGGAAAAUUAAAAGCUAUCGCCAAGCACCAGGUCGUCGCGUACACGCAAAAGUCCCAGGUCAAGCAUGAGAACCGGCACAUCCAGCUGGUGCGGGAAUACGGCUUCCAUCCGCGCACCAAGGCUUCCGUGGAGGAUGGCGACGUGCUGCCCCGCAAGUUCGAGCCCUUUCCGGAGCACAUGUACGGCAAACCGCUCGAGGAGAUUGACACCUUCAUCUACGAGGAGACUUUCUGCGUGGUGUCCAAGCGGUUCCGUAAGAACUACAUUCACCGCUUCACGGGCACCAAGAGCCUGUUUCUCUUCCACCCAUGGAGUCCGGCGCGGCGUGUGUGCGUUUACAUCGCCACCAAUCAGUUCUUCGACUACUGCGUCAUGGCCACCAUUCUGUUCAACUGCAUCUUCCUGGCCAUGACUGAGACCGUGGAGGAGGCUGAGUACAUCUUCCUGGCUAUUUACUCCAUCGAAAUGAUCAUCAAGAUCGUUGCCAAGGGCUUUCUGCUCAACAAGUACACGUAUCUGCGCAACCCUUGGAAUUGGCUGGACUUUGUUGUCAUCACCAGCGGUUACGCCACCAUAGGCAUGGAGGUAGGCAACCUGGCGGGCCUGCGUACCUUUCGCGUGCUGCGCGCCCUCAAGACGGUAUCCAUAAUGCCCGGAUUGAAGACGAUCAUCAACGCGCUGCUGCACUCCUUCCGCCAGCUGGCGGAGGUCAUGACGCUGACCAUAUUCUGCCUGAUGGUCUUCGCGCUAUUUGCCCUCCAGGUGUACAUGGGCGAGCUGCGCAAUAAAUGUGUGCGCCAGGUGCCCCCCGACUGGACGAAUGUCUCCCAUGCGGACUGGCAAAUAUGGGUCAACGACACGGACAACUGGUUGUACGACGAGGAGGAGUUGCCCGUCCUGUGCGGCAAUUUGACCGGCGCCCGCCACUGCCCCUUUGAGUACGUGUGCCUCUGCGUGGGCGAAAACCCGAACCACGGCUACACCAACUUUGACAACUUCAUGUGGUCCAUGCUGACGACAUUUCAGCUGAUUACUUUGGACUACUGGGAGAAUGUCUACAACAUGGUGCUGGCCACCUGUGGUCCCAUGAGCGUCUCCUUCUUCACGGUGGUUGUGUUCUUCGGCUCGUUCUACCUUAUCAACUUGAUGCUGGCCGUCGUAGCGCUGAGCUACGAGGAGGAGGCAGAGAUUACGAACGAGGAGCGCAAGAAGGACCUGCUGGAUCAUCGGGACGACUCCACUUUCAGCUUCGAUCCCUCGGUGCUGAAUGUGAAGAAGCUGAACAAAAACAACAAGAAGAAGAUCGACUCACGGAAGGGCGUUCUCCUGGCCUCAUACAGCAAGAAAAAGACGCGGCGAAAAAAGGCAAAGGGUGGGAAAGAGGGCAGCGGCAAUGGCAACGGAAAUGGCAAUGGCAGCAACGGCACCGAUCCCAAGUCCCCCUCGGCCACGCCCAGUCCCGGGCGAAGUCCACGCCACAGUGCUACCACACCGGAACGCCCAUCAGCGCUGACUUUGCAGGCUCAGAAGCAGUACCAGCAGAUGGAGCAGCAGAGCCAGCUGGCAAAAGCAAGCGGCAACGUUUCUGCCACUAGCACCAGCACUGCCUAUGCCACCGCUCCCACACUGCCGCCCAAGGGUCGCAUUAGCUUCCAGGACAGCGGCGUGGGCGUAAAGAAUCCCAACAUGCUGUAUCCGUCGGACUACAAGGGCCAGCUCAUAGCCAGCAGUCGCCAAACCAGCUCCAAUUCCAGUGGCGUCAAUCGUGAGUCCUCGCAGGAUGACUCCGGCGUGGUGGACGAUCACGAGGAGCAGGACACUGUCAACGAGCUAGGUCACGUGUCCACCGUAGAGCUGGCUCUAUCGCCGCGCGAAGUGCGUCUGAUCAAGUGCAACGGGAACAUAGCCCGCAUCAAGAACCACAACGUGUACGCUUUGCACCAGGAGUUCUCCUCGGAGGUGGUCGUUAUCGAUGAUCUGCCCGACCGGAACUGCGAUCGCUGCGUCCACUGGUGCACUGACUACGAGAGCUGGCUACAGUUCCAGAACUGCCUAUACAAAGUGGUGCGCGAUCCGCUUUUCGAGCUGGCAAUCACACUGUGCAUCGUCCUGAAUACCGCCUUCCUGGCCAUGGAACAUCACGGCAUGAGCGAGAGCUUUCGUAACGCCCUGGACGUGGGCAAUAAAGUCUUUACAUCGAUUUUCACCUUCGAAUGCAUUGUGAAGCUAAUGGCUCUGUCCAAGGACUUCUUCUUGUGCGGCUGGAACAUCUUUGAUCUGCUCAUUGUGACGGCCAGUCUGCUGGACAUCAUCUUCGAGCUGGUGGAUGGCCUGAGUGUGUUGCGUGGCCUACGAUUGCUGAGAGUGCUGAAGCUGGCUCAGUCGUGGACCACAAUGAAGGUGCUGCUCAGCAUUAUUAUCUCAACGAUCGGCGCCCUGGGUAACCUCACGCUAAUUCUGGUCAUUGUCAUCUACAUAUUCGCCGUCAUCGGGAUGCAAUUGUUCUCCAAAGACUACACGCCCGAGAAGUUUGACCCAGAUCCAGUUCCCAGAUGGAAUUUUAACGACUUCUUCCACUCGUUCAUGAUGAUCUUUCGCAUUCUGUGCGGCGAAUGGAUCGAACCUCUCUGGGACUGCAUGCGUGCCGAGGAGGAGCAAGGAGCCUCCACAUGCUUCGCCAUAUUCCUGCCGACGCUCGUCAUGGGCAACUUUAUGGUGCUCAACUUGUUCUUGGCCUUGCUGCUCAACAGCUUCAACUCCGAGGAACUCAAGUCGAAAAAAGAGGAAGUGGGCGAAGAGUCCAAGCUGGCGCGGAGCAUAGAGCGCGUGCGCGACCUCAUCCGCAAGAAGCGACAAGAGCGCAAGGAUCGCAAGGAGCGCCAGUUCGCCGAGAAGUUUCAGCAGAUCGUCCUGGACGCUCAGCAACAGGCUCAGGCCCAGGCUCACUCGCAACAGUCUGUAGUGGGUCUGGAGCGGGGCGACAAGCCGGGUGUGCUGGCUGAGACCAAAUUCCACAGACUGAGUUAUCAGGAGUCCAUGAAUCGACCUGUCUCUGGCUCGGACUUCGGCUUCCAGAUACCCCUGCACGACGGCCUACACACGAUCGUCGACGGCCUGGAGUACGACGAGGUGGUUGAUCUGCCCGAGCAGAUCCAGCUGCAGGCCCAUCCACUGCCACCCAACGCUGACUCGCUGCCCCCCACCUAUGAGACCGCCAUGAUGACCACCGGCGGCGUCAAUGGGAAUGGGAACGGCCAAAAUCUGACGCCCUUUUUGCAGGCAGAGCGGCGGCUGCAUCACCAAAUCUCCUCGGGCGUAAGCACGCAGCAGAACGACUCGCGCGACGAGGCCACAUACACCGAGUCGAUAGAGCUGCGAAUGCUGGGCCAGUACAACUCCACGGACACGGAUCCAUAUGCCAAUGACCGGAGCGGCUGCGGCUCCUUCAACCGCGGCGACUCGCUGCAGGACAACUCGUCGCGUCGCUUCGGGAGCGAGGACCACGACGAGGCCUACCUCAAGUACCAGAAAUCACUUCUGACGCGGUCGCCAAGCUACCGCAAGUCGCUGGAUCGCCUCUCGCAGUCCAGCGGUCAGUCGCAACGAUCACUUCUCAAGUCUGAGGAGGCCGAGAUGCGACGGCACUCGAGCGGCCAGUCCCUCAACUCCAUAUCGAUCGAGCAGGACGAGUUGCUCUCGCAGCAGGGCAAUCUUCGCGAGGAGCUGCUUAACUGCGACCAGAAGGAGCUUUUUCAGUUCCUGCAGGAAGAUGACGGCAAGAACCUCAGCUGCAUCUCGCAGGCCAUUCGAUCACGGCGCCCCUCCAGCAGUCAGCUGGGACAGCCGGAAAGCGAGCCGCUGGUUGAGCGCUCAGAGUUCGACAACAUCAUCCUGAGCUUCGAGAAGGAGCUGGAGGAGAUCAAGCGCUCAACCACCUCGCUGGAGCGCAAGCUAUCCACACUCUCGGAGCCCUCGCCGGCGGCCGACGAGGCCACCAAAGCCAUAAUGGACCACAUUGCCGUAAUUACAGGAGCUUCAGAGCGCUCGGCCGCCGACGAGGUGGUGCAUCCACUAAAUCCCUACGAUAGCUAUGACCUGUCCACGGUGCCUCGCCGCUCGCAUUCCGUCAGCGCUGCCGCCCAGCGGCAGUCCGUAAAGCUAAAGCGGCGCAGCCUGGAGAAGCAGCGCAAGAUCGACGAAGACUUCAACAUCUCGAAUGAGAUACGAAAAAUCUGUGAUCAAAUCCAUGCCCCCUUCGUGGCAAUGGAGGCCAUGGCGGUGGCAGCCACCAGCGCCUGCCAGGCUACCGGCGCCAGUCAGCCGACAACCCAGUCACCGUUUCUCCGGCGAAAGAUCGAUCCCUUUACCGUACAGUUCGAUCGUUUCAAGCGGCUGUCCCUCAUCGAUCGCGUGGAGGAGCUGCCCGAGGAGGAGAAGCCCAUUUCGACGCUGCGCAUAGAGUCGGAGAAGAUGCCGCGCAAGUUUCUCCAUAAUCCCAUGCGCGACCAGUUGCGCCUGGACAGCCUCUCGCUGAAGAGCACCAGUUCGUAUGAGAACCUGCUGAUCCAGAAGCAGAAGUUGGGCAUGGCCACGCCACCCGCCGUGCCCGCCACACCGCCCACCUCCCUGAAGUCGAGCAUCGAGCCACCGACACUGGCGCAAAUUUCAUCGCUAAAGACCACCCCGCCGCUGGCUGCUCUCACCGAGCACCAGCAGCACUUUCAUGCCACGAGCAUCCAAGCAGAUCUCACUCACGGCCCCGCCAACGCCCAUGCCACACGCACCCACGGACCGACGGCACAUGGUCAUGGUCCUGUGGCUGGGCAGCGGCGACGACCGGAGCAUCCACAAUCGACGCUAGACAAAGCCGCAUCCUUCCAGUCCGCGCGCACCGAGUCGCACAGCUCGGGGGCGGCCGACACGAGCUCCUCGGCCCUGGCCCUGGCCCUGAGCCACAAGACUGACCAGGAGUCGGCGCAGGCGCCGUCAGAGACCACACAGAAGCCGUCGGCAUUCACGCGACUGACCGAAAAACCAUGGCAUUGUUUGGUUUCCUACGUAGACGAUCUCACUGUCGGUGGGAGACGUAACUCGCAGGGAGCUUACAAUGAUCCCAUGACUUUUCCGAGCUUCGGGGCGAUGAAGGCGCCCAAGGUGCCCGACGACUGUUUCCCACAGAAGUGCUACGAUCACUUCUACUUCCGUUGCCCCUGGUUCAUGAGCUGCAUGGACACGCAGAGCGCCAAGCACUGGACGCGGGUGAGGACGGCUGUCUUGACGGUUGUCGAUACUCCGGCCUUUGAGUGGUUUGUGCUGGUGUUGAUCUUUGCGUCGAGUAUCACGCUCUGCUUCGAGGACAUCAAUCUGGACAAGAACAAGACGCUCAAGCGGGUGCUCUACUGGAUCAACUUCUCCUUCUGCCUGAUAUUCGUCGUGGAGAUGAUCCUCAAAUGGCUGGCCCUGGGCUUCUCCAAGUACUUUACCAGCUUCUGGACCAUUCUCGACUUUAUAAUAGUGUUUGUGUCGGUGUUUUCGUUGCUCAUCGAGGAGAAUGAGAACUUGAAGGUGUUGCGCUCUCUGCGCACCCUGCGAGCCCUGCGUCCACUGAGAGCCAUCUCGCGGUGGCAAGGAAUGCGGAUUGUAGUAAACGCUCUCAUGUAUGCAAUACCAUCAAUUUUCAAUGUCCUUUUGGUUUGUUUAGUUUUUUGGUUGAUCUUCUCCAUAAUGGGUGUUCAGUUCUUUGGUGGUAAAUUUUUCAAGUGCGUCAAUGAACUGGGCGAGUUGCUGCCAAUUACUGAGGUGAACGACAAGUGGGACUGCAUCGAGCAGAACUACACGUGGAUCAACUCAAAGAUCACCUUCGACCACGUGGGCAUGGGCUACCUGGCCCUGCUGCAGGUGGCCACCUUCGAGGGCUGGAUGGAGGUGAUGGCCGAUGCCGUGGAUGCCCGUGGCGUUGACCUGCAGCCGCAGCGAGAGGCGAACCUGUAUGCGUAUAUUUAUUUUGUUAUAUUUAUCGUGUGCGGCUCGUUUUUCACACUCAAUCUGUUCAUUGGAGUUAUCAUUGAUAACUUUAACAUGCUCAAGAAGAAGUAUGAAGGAGGAGUGUUGGAAAUGUUUCUCACCGAAUCUCAAAAACACUAUUACACGGCCAUGAAAAAAUUGGGACGAAAGAAACCACAGAAAGUUAUUAAGCGACCUAUAAAUCAUUUUUUAGCUAUGUUUUAUGAUUUAUCCAAUUCGAGAAGGUUCGAGAUCGCGAUCUUUGUACAUUUUCUCAACAUGCUUACCAUGGGCAUCGAGCACUACGAUCAGCCGCACGCCGUCUUCUUCAUUCUGGAAGUGAGCAAUGCCUUCUUCACCACGGUCUUUGGUCUAGAGGCCAUUGUGAAAAUUGUGGGUCUGCGCUAUCACUACUUCACAGUGCCCUGGAACGUGUUUGACUUUCUCUUGGUGCUGGCCUCUAUAUUCGGCAUCCUAAUGGAGGACAUCAUGAUCGAUCUGCCCAUCAGUCCGACGCUGCUGCGUGUGGUCCGGGUGUUUCGCAUAGGUCGCAUCCUGCGCUUAAUCAAGGCCGCCAAGGGCAUCAGGAAGCUGCUGUUUGCCUUGGUGGUGUCGCUGCCAGCCCUUUUUAACAUUGGAGCUCUGCUUGGCUUGAUCACCUUCAUUUACGCCAUCUUGGGCAUGUCGCUGUUCGGGCACGUGAAGCUACAAGGCGCCCUCGAUGACAUGGUCAACUUCCAGACGUUCGGACGCAGCAUGCAGCUGCUGUUCCGGCUAAUGACCUCGGCCGGAUGGAACGACGUGCUGGAGUCGCUGAUGAUCCAACCGCCCGACUGCGAUCCCUUCAUCUUUGGCCAGACGAAUGGAAACUGCGGACACCCGCUGCUGGCCAUCACCUACUUUACGAGCUUCAUCAUUAUCAGCUACAUGAUCGUGAUCAACAUGUACAUUGCCAUUAUCCUAGAGAACUUCAACCAGGCACACCAGGAGGAGGAGAUCGGCAUAGUCGAGGACGACUUGGAGAUGUUUUACAUUCGUUGGUCCAAAUAUGAUCCACAUGCCACCCAAUUUAUACACUUCUCGCAACUGUCCGAUUUUAUUGCCUCUCUCGAUCCACCAUUGGGCAUCUCGAAGCCCAAUAAUGUCGCGCUAGUGUCAUUUAAUCUGCCCAUCUCGAAGGGCAAUAAAAUACACUGCCUCGACAUUUUGCACGCGCUCGUGAAGCACGUGCUAGGUCAUGUCGAGGAGACCGAUAACUUCAAACAGUUGCAGGAACAAAUGGAUGUCAAGUUCAAGAAACAGUUUCCAACGCGCAAAGAAUUGGAAAUUGUUUCAUCGACGCGGAUCUGGAAGCGCCAGGAGAAGGCGGCCAAGACCAUACAGACGGGCUGGAAGGAGUAUUUGCGGCGGAAGCGGGAGAAGGAGCGCUCCAAUUCGGGAGACAGUGCAACCCAGAACUCCAGCCCCGGCGGAUGGCAAUCGAAGCUAUCGGCUUUGAAUUUCUUCCACCUCCAGGUCAGUCGCCGCGGCACUGCCUGCAGCAGUCGCGCCUCUUCAAGGAAGUCCUCACGCGCCUCAGAUGCCUCUGAUCUCAGCGAGCUGGCCGGUCCCUGGCUCAACCUGCCGCUGAUGCUCGUCUCGGGGGCCGAUGAUGUCGUCAAGGACAUCAAGCAGCAAAGCGACGAGCUGGGCAAACGCGGUAGCAUAUUUGUGGAAGCGCCUAGAGCAAGUCGUCGCCGAAGCUUUUAUAAUUUCUUUUUGCGUCAUCAGGAUGCUGUCGAUGACAGCUUAACCUCACCUUCAGUACAUAGAAAAACCGCAAUGAACAACAACAACAACACGACCAACACCACCUCAACCUCCGCCUCCACCUCUGGCACCGCCACCGCCUCAGCCUCUGGUGCGGCAGCCACUUCCGACAGUGGCUCGUCUCCGGCUCCGGUUCCAGCUGCGGCUGCGGCUCCCUCACGUAAGCGCGCCUCUAGUUUCAUACGCAAGAAACCGCCCCUAGAAAGAGGUUUGUCAGCACAAAGCGCUUUAAGAGUUAACAAGAACGCUUUUGUCUCCGAGGCCCCAGCUCCCGAGGUGAUCGUCACAAAGCCCUCGCCGGACCAGCAGACGCAUCCGCACUCACACUCGUUAGGACUGCGGCCGGACAACGCCACGUUGGUUCACGUACUGGUGCAUCGCGAGAGCGAAGAGUACAAGGAGGAGGAUGAGAGCAGCCCGUCCUCGCCGUCCUCAUCAAGUGGCAACGGGAAUGGAAAGGGCAAGCAACCGCCGCCACAGAUACGCAUCAGCAUGGGGUCCGUGGAGGCCAGCAUGGACACGUGUCCGGUGCCCACGGUACAGAUCAUGGUGGACAGCCCCAAGGAUCCGCCGCGCGGCGACUUUAGCACCGAGUUCGCAACCGCAACCGCACCGGCACCAGUCAUUGUGGACGUGGAUGCGCCCAUCGAUGUGAAUGUACAGGGUGACACGUCUCAGGUGUUUUAUGACUACAAUCCGGAGAGGUCCACUAGCGGCCAACUGGACGAGGAGGAGGAGGAGGAGGAGGAGCAGGAGCAGCAGCAACAGCAACAGCGGCAGACGGAAAAGGAAGCUCUGCCGGACAGACAGAGAUGACCUUCGGAGCAGCCGCAUUGCUCCAGCAGUAGCAGCAGCAGUAUUGCCAGGAAAAGCUCGUCCUCAUCGUCUUCGUCGUCAUCGGCGGCAUCUGGAGCUGGCCCUUCGGCUCCGAGGCGUCCAAGUUGACAAGCUCCAGUCUGAGUGUGCGUGCCUCGCAAACUGCGCAGCAGCUACGCCUCCAUCGGCUGUGUACAUAUACAUAUAUGUACCAUAUCUCCAGAUAUCUCUACAUACAUACAUAUGUGGGCGAUUUAUGCGCGUGAUUAGGGGCAGGACGGAUAAUUGCUAAAUCGGUCUAAUCAAUGGUGUAAGUGGAGAUCACACGCAACCCGCCAGGCGGCCUCCAAUCAAUGUCAUUACUAUGAGGCAUUGCAUCGCCACCGGUGCCGCAUCUCGCCGAGUUGCUUACAUAACUCGCCGCCCGAGCUAGCACACGUAAGUAUGUAUAUGUAUCUAUUAAACGAAAUAAAAUAGUUCUUGGAGAAAUCCAUAGCCUGGAGAGCACUUCCUGUUCGCUGGAAUCUACUGUUAGCCUGGAUUUUCCCACGCUUUCGCAACGGCUAGGGCUGCCCACUUGCCAAGCGUGCCGCCACGCAGGACGAAAAGGAUGCGUAUCGCCGUAUACACAAGAGGUGUGUGUAUAUACACAAUAAAUGCUUUUCCC